AUGAGCUUCCGCGAGUUUGUCGAAGCAAGUCGGGGUUACAAGGAUGGGAUGUUGCACAGCACCAUAGAACUUCCCUUCACAUACCUAGGAGAUUCUGACGAUGAUGUCAAUUCGGACAUGGAUGACGAUCUUCAACCGACUGGCGAGCGUAUUCUGAUCGAGGAUUUCUGCAAACCAGUGCAGAGCGUUCCUGAGGGUGUCGCAUGCGCCGUAUGUAUGGUCGAUGUCCACGAAGACAACAAGAACGAAGAACGACCAGUGAUUACGAAGUGUGCUCACUACUUCCAUCAAGUCUGUCUAGACAGCUGGGUCAAUGAGUCAGCUAUGAACGAGAUGUGUCAAGCUCGCGCACGUGAGCCUGUUUCACGGCUCCAGAGUGAGGCGCAGGAGGCCGAAGAUGGCGACUUCAUCGACUCUAUGCAAGAGGAGGCAUUGCACGCCGAGGGUGAAAUCAAUCGCGGAAGCGGUUUGUUUUCGCGUCUGCGCAGCCGGUUUCGCCGAAACUGA